AUGCCAGGUCCAUGCAACUCGAAAAAAAAGAAGAAAGCAAUUGCGAAAAAGAACAAGAAGAGUGCAUCAGCUAUUCAAGCUACGGCCCUUCUGGAACCUCCCCCCCUCGUUCACGAACUUGAGCCACCUCCAAGCGACAUUGUAUAUACUGUCCAUGAGCCUCCACCUGAACCACCUGCUCCGCAUCUCCAGGAGUUCCAUAGAGAAGUGCUACCGAUCAUCCAUGAUCCUGGAAACGGUCCGCGAGUUCGCGACGUCCGGGGUUUCCUAGCUUCAUUUUUUGCGCAGCCUCCUUCACUGGAAGACCCUCUGUGUGCGGAAUUCUCACAGGAGGAAGUCCUUCAGAUGCUUUGUACCGCACUGUCGGAGGAAACCGCUAUAGUCCUAUGGUAUAAUAAGAGCCGUGCUACUAGUCGCAUCUGUCCAUCAUGCCGACGGCUUUAUCGUCUAGGUGAUAUUUUGCCAGACCUCACUUCGGACGAUGGCGAAAACCACAUCAGUGAAACCCGUUCACCUUUACUUGCCCGAGAACAGGAGAUAUCAGGUCUUUGUUCUCCUCUCUGCUUCAUUGUUGCGUCGUUCGAGUACCCAAGUGCAAUUAAAACGACUUGGGGUAGAACCGCAGAUCAAAUAGAUGACUUUACAUGGGACCUUCUCAAUGGUCCCGGGGAUGGACAGGGCGACAAGGGGCUCAGUCUCUUACUCAAAAUGGCGCGAUUGCCUGACCUUGGUUUGGGACAGCUCUGUCUACCCGACAUUGACUUCGAUGCUGAACCCGAGGAUCGAAUCUACUGCAGGCAAAAUUAUGAACGGGACAAAUUUUCUCAUUAG